AGUUAGAGUUUCAGUUUCGCGACAACGUACGUUUCGUGAAUCGCGGGUAACUUUAACCAGCGUUCAAGAAAAAAGUCUGUGUAUUGCCGAAUCAUGCGCAGCUUAACGUGCUUGCUCGUAUUAGCCUCCUGCUUGGUCGGGGUAUGGACAGCUCCUUAUGAUACAUCUACUGGUGGAUCCGGCGGAUGUAAAACCAACACAUGCGGCAAAAGGGCGAAAGCCGGCCCCGGAGGUCUGCCGCCCAGUGACAAGUCGAGGAUCCCAGUGACUGCCACUCGUGGUGUAGCCAAGGAUCAAAUCAGUCAAUGGAACGGCAUGACAUUGAAAACGCUGACUACCGCCAUUACAUGGUUGAAUUCUUCCUACAUAACAUGUGCGAAGAUGGUCGGACUGACUCCUGACCAGGGUCCCGCAAUUGUCGUCGGCGGUAACGCAGUCAGAUUUUACCAAGCUGACCCGCUCAUCACAAUCAACUUCAACAUCAACGAAGUCACGUUUUACCAGCAUAAAUCGAGCUUCGCCACUACCGGCAACAUCGGACGAAAUAUCGACCGUCUUAUGCAAAACCUCUGCAAGGAUGACAAAGAUGGUUAUGUAGCCGCAGUAGACUAUCUUGGUCAACUUCAUCACAAGUUCGCCAUCGAUCCCACAAUUAAACAGAACACCGAUUUGGGCUUGUUUCUUAAAGAUGCCGAUGCGCACGUUCGAGCCAUCGCUGCUUGCAUUUCUCACGAUCAGUGGACUAACGAUAUCUAUGUGGCUAUUAUGCAGCCCCUUCGUUAUAUCCGUUGGUCGACAUGGCAUGCCGGCCAAGCAUAUUCGCUGCAGCGCAACUGCUUCCGUCGCGCUGACCCCAAUGAUGGUGCUCGUGUUAAGGAUUAAUUUUUUCUCUGUGGAAUAAAUGUGAUUCAAGAACGAAGCUGUUCUUGAGUUACAGUCGUUGAUCUGUACGAAAAAUUCCAAUUUCUACAUGAAUAAAGGAACACGACCAUUA